UCCAAAUUCAGCAUUGACUUUGCCGUUAGGCUUAUAAUUUCUUACUUUUUACUUUUUUCGGUAUGAAUUUUCUGACAAAGGUUCGUCAUUACUGGAAGAACAAAGUGCGCAAGCUUCGACCAAGAGAUCCACUACAAACAGCGAAUCAGGAAUUGGAGCAGUCCUCAUCUGAGAUAUACGCUCAUCCCACGGAUGCUUUUCACUCGCUAAAACGGGAUUUCGACACCGAAUCGGAGGAUGUCAGAUCAUUGAUGCAAUGCUGCUCUACUGACAAUCGAUAAUCCUAAUUAUAAUAAUAAUCCUAAUUAAUAAUAAUUAUAGUCAAAAUUCAAAUUUUGACUAUCGAAAU